AUGUUGCAAAAAUAUGAGUUGACAGAAAACUCUUGGUACAAAAGAGUGUAUGAGUUGAAAGACAAAUGGUGUCCUGCCCUUUGUAGAGAUUUCUUUUCAGCAGGGAUCUUAUCGUCACAGAGAAGUGAAAGCACUAAUCAUGCCAUAGGAUUCAGAGCAAGUAAAGCAACUACUUUGACAGAAUUUUAUACCAUAUUUAAGAAGACAACUAAUCGUUGGAGAAGCACAGAGAAAUAUGAUGAGUUUACCUUUAGCAAGUCAAUAGCAUUCACUUCAUUGCCUCUAUUUGGAAUGCUAAAGCAUGCUGCACAGGUUUUCACUUUAUCACUCUUUAGAAAUUUUGAAGAGGAGUUUGGAUACUCUAUGGCAACAACUGUUCAGAUGUUAGGCAGUAAUGAAGAAUGCCUACUUUAUCAAGUAACACUAGAAGACAAGCCAUGGUCUGCACAUCAAAAUUCUACAUUUGCAUUCGGUAACAAGAAUACCAGACAAGUAUGUUACAAAAAGAUGGACUAA